AUGGGAAAGUACAUGAAACCUGGGAAAGUGGUGCUGGUCCUGGCUGGAUGCAAAGCCGUCACCGUAAAGAACAUUGAUGAUGGCACCUCAGACCGCCCUCACAGCCUUGUCCUUGUGGCUGGAAUUGACUGCUCUCCCCAAAAAGUGACAGUCACCAUGGGCAAGAAGAAAAUCGUCAAGCAAUUCAAGAUCAAGUCCUUUGUGAAAGUUUAUAACUACAAUCACCUUAUGCCCACAAGGUACUCUGUGGAUAUCUCCUUGGACAAAACUGUUGUCAACAAGGAUGUGUUCAGAGACCCAGCAUUGAAACGCAAGGCCAGGCAGGAGGCCAAGGUCAAGUUUGAGGAGUGAUACAAGAUGGGGAAGAACAAAUGGUUUUCCCAGAAGCUUCGCUUUUAGAUGUAUUUUUGUUUUCGUCAUUAAAAAUUAAAAAAAAAAAAAAAAAG